AUUGUACAUAGUGCAUUGACAGCAUUUCUCCAAAACACACAUGUCAUGCUGUUCAUGGCACGCGGUGUAUUCGAUGCUGGUGCUGGUUUCUAUGGCGUUGAACGAAGCUACAGCACUGGACCCCAACCACCCAACAGACCCAUGGGGAUGGACAAUGGUGCACACGUACAUCACCGUGAUCUUUGUUGGGAUUUGUGUGCUGCUAGCAUCGCUUGCCUACUGUCAAACUCGCGGGUACAUUCGCAACUGCUGGAACAAGUCGGACGAUGAGGCCAGCGACGCGUAUGUGGACAUGGGAGCUGCCAGCAAAAAAGCGUCAAGUGACCGCCUUGUGUGAUGAAAUAAUCUCGACGAAUAAUAAAGGAUUCACGUUAGUAGGA